CUCUCUCUCUCUCUCUCUCUCUCGCAUACAAAUUGAUAGAAAAUCCAGACAUUUUGGCUGUUUGUAUUGCAAAUCAUUGACUGGGUGUAGAUAUGACCACAGCUGGAGUGCAACGAGGCUUCCUGAAGAAAUAUGGAGGCUUCAUGUUUAAGCAGUGGAAAGAGAAGUAUGUGGUGUUGACUGCAGAAGGCAGGCUGAUGCUGUGCAAAGAUGCAGAUUCUCCACCAGAACAGGUGGUGGUGCUACAGAGCAACUGUCAGUCCAUUGUAGAAGGCAAAGAGAUCUUGGACCUGCCCCGUUUGCCUCCAGGAGGGCGUAGGGACUGCUGUUUUGCUCUCAUCCUGCCCCAAAACAAAUUCAUAUUGCUGCUCUCUGAUAACCCUGAUGACUGCAGCCAAUGGCUGAAGAUAAUAAAGAAGGUUAAAGAGAGUGCAUCAUCAUCAUCAUUGCUGAAGCGGCAACAAAGCAUCUCCCCCUGUAUCACAGACAGAGGUUCUCUGCCAGACACACCCACCGAGAAAGAGCUUCAGUCUCCACGUACCCAAUCCAGAGAGAGCUCCUUUAGAAGCAGAGGUAGUAUAUGUGAACGCCAAGACCAAAGCCCCCAGUCUCUGCGCUUUCACUCCAACAACUGCCUGCGCCAUGGUAACAGCAGUGAUGUGCGUGCUGUCAGGGCAGUCUGUUUACUGAUGGGCGGGGCUGCUGCCUCAUCAGCAUUGGGUUACCUAAGUACCUGUUCUGGCUCCUCAAAUGUUCCUGCUCAAGCACCUGAGAUCACCCAUUCAAUGGGUUUUCCAGAGGUUGGAGGAGAGGCAUCCUACCACCACGUCUGCGCCGAGACCGUCGACUCGCCUCAUUAUAACAGCUUUGACUUUGAGGGCGACUCAGACUUCGAUGCUUUUGACUGUGGAGGAUUUACUUUCUGAUGUCCUACAGUAGUUCUGGAAAAAAGUUUGUAUUUUUUGUGUUUAUGGUUCUAUAUGUUCUUAGCUUCUUCACUAGAAAGCAGCAAAUGGUUUGUGCUAUAUAGCUUUACAUUUUUGUUAAAAUGUAUUGUUCUUGAAACACUGAGCUUACUAAAGCCAAAGUGAGACGUUAAUUUCAGUAUUCAGUCCUCAGGACUUAAGAACUAUUCAGAAGAUACACAUGCAGGGAUGAGUUAAACAUAUGGGGUUGAGUUACAAUUGCUCUAUUACACUGCAUUUUUCUAGUGUUAUAUUGGAUUCAGUGAGUGGGAUUAUUAAGCCCAGGACCACUGCAUGGCUUUUUGAAAAAUUCAUAUUUUUGGGAAAUGCAUUAAAAAACUACAACACUUGAGGUCAGUGUUGUGUACUUAAAUAUGACACUAAUGAAGGGAUUUGGGGGACAAUAGAAGAGAGAGCAUCAUAUGAGGAGAUGGUAGCAUAGUAGUUAUAGAAUUAGACUUUAUAACUGAACGUUGUGAGUUCAAAUCCCAACCACACCCAGCUGCCACUCCUGGGCCACUGAGCAAGACCCUUAACCCUAUAUCUGUAUGCCUGAGAUAAAUGAAAGUCGAUUUGGAUAAGGGUGUCUGCCAAAUGCUCUAAAUGUUAUCAUAUUCUUAGACACUGUUUAUCCCAAGGACUGAACUAUUCUAUUGGUAAAAUUAUUAAUUACUGUCUAUUAGAAUAAUCUGAAAUCAUAACAGAUAAGGUUUAGGCAGCUUAGUCUCAGUAUGUUUGCUUAACAAGAGAACACACUGUAUGAACAAAACCAUUGUUUUUUUUUUUUUAAAGCAUUAAUGUUCAAAAUAGUAAAAUUAGCAAGUUUAAAUAUAUUGUAUAUGGUAGCCCACAAUUACGUGUAAAUUAUAUCUAGAAAGUUUUAUUUUUAUUUAUUUGUCAUGCUUUUGUUAAAGCCAGUGGUCCAGACAUUAUUGUAAAACUUUAACAUUUUGAAAAAUAAUACAGGCAAACAGGAAGGUGAACUUCAAAACCACUCACUUGGACUUGGACUCAAGCACAUGCGUAACCUGACACUAAUUAUGCAUAUGCCAUUUAUAUAACAUGGACUUGGACUUAAUUUACCAACAUUGAACACAACUAAAUGAGAACAAUGAGCAAGCAAAUUCAAUGUCAGCAGGAAUUAUUUAACCUGAGUUUCAGUAGUGGUAAAGGGACCAAGGGACUACUUUGUAUCCCAGGUGGUUCAGAGUUUGUUCACUACCUAGAUGGACACCUAGUGCAGGCAAAAAACGUUAUUAAUAAAUCAUCUU